UGUCUGCCACCAAAAUACUCAUUUCACAGAAGAAUUAUUUUUCUUUUCGGAAGAAGAUCCCGACAAAGCGGCCCGAUUUCUUUUCAGAUAGAAAAAAGCAGUCGAAGAAUCAGAAAACCGACGAUGUACGCCAGAACAAAUACCGGCAGCUCACAUGGAGACUUUCAAGAUCGAAACGGAGUAAAUUAUGUGACAUCGACAGAGUCCUUCGCUCACUGCUCUCAAUUGUUCUGGAAAAAGGAUCCCAACGACUCCGGACCGAGUUCGACCAUCAACUGGUGCGAUCAGCUCCCUUCGUCAUCAGCAGCCCUCACCAGCUCCAGUCUCUCCUCCACGUCACUGUCCACCUCCAGUCUCUCCAUGGAGUCCCGAGCGCCGGUAUCUGCAUCAACAACAGCGGUAGACGACAUGGAGGACUCGGACGAGAGGCCGUACGUCUGUGACCUGUGCACGUGUGCCUACAAGCACGCCAGCUCCCUGCUCAACCACAAGCUCACACACAGGACGGGGGACUUCAAAUGUGACUUUUGCAGCAAACCUUACACCAACUACAUGUCUCUUCGCAACCACAUGCGAAUCCACGGUCAGAAGCGCUACAUGUGCGACUUGUGUGGGAAGGCCUUCCGCCUGGCCCGGUACCUGCGGAACCACCAGAGGAUCCACGACGACGGGCCCAACCGCUUCGACUGCCCUUCGUGCUGCAAGAGCUACAGGACCAUGCUGGAGUUGGCCCAGCACCGCUGCCAAGCUGCUGGCAGUAGCCAGAUGGUUGGCUUUAAGAGAAAAACUGGAGUGUGGAACCGGUUCAACUGCCCGUCCUGCUUUAAGAGCUACCGAACCAUGCUGGACCUGGCCCAGCACCGCUGCAGCGCCGCGGCCAAACACCAGUCUGGCAGCCGUCGUUCCAAUUACGCCAACAACGCCCGCCGGCAGCAGCAGCGACACAACAACGCAAACUCCAUGAUGCAGCAGCAGCAGCAGCAGCAGCAGCAGCACAGUGGACACGGCCAGCAAGACACACUUCCCUCCCACUGCGUGUCACCGAUGUCUCAGGGAGGUCAAGGUGGCAGCCAGCCUGACCCCCACCAGGGACGUCCCAGCUCAGUGUCCUCCCAGAGCAGCCAGCAAAGCAUGAGGAACUCCUCCAACAAACACGUGUCCUCCUCCAGCGCAGCCCCGUCCUCCUCCUACUCUCUGCUCCAGCCCCUGGUGCCUGAGGUAAAGGAGAUGAGCUCGGGAUACACUAGGCUGAGCGUCAACUCCAUGCCAAAACACCAGGAAGCGUUCUCCCUGGCCCCCCAGCGGCCCCUCACCACCAUCAACCCCAUCGGCCACAUCCUUCAUCCGAACGGAGCGCCCACGCUCAAGCCUUCCCCCGUGCCACGCAGCAUCCAGACCAUGCCAUGGGAGCAGCGCUCGCUCUACAAUCAAUGAGACUUUGACGUGACGUCUGUCGCAGUCGCCUCCGCCCCGACGCACCCUCGUCCUCGUCCUCGUCCUCGUCCCACACCUCUGGGAUCCAGCAUCAAAGAUGGAGGACUCCAGUGACCACCUCCACCGCCUCAGCCCCCACCCCCCCCCCCCUUCCUUUUGGAACGCCGAGUUUGGGAUCAGGGGAAAGGGCACUACUGACAACUAGUUGAGAGUAACUGAGUAGUUAGGUUAAAAAUGUGUUGCCUUGACCCUCAUGUAUGAUCUAUGCCAUGUACUGAAUAUAAGUUAAAAUGUCCUCCCCUCUCUAGUUAUGAGAAUAUCUAUCCCUCCCGUUAUGAAUAGUGUCUCUCCUCACCUCCUUUCUCCAUAUGUUAAACAAAACAAGAGGCUAUUUUUAUCAACAGUGAGUCCCAGACUCCAAACCCUGAAGUUAAAGUAACUCUCUGCUCAUUCUAAUAUGUUUUUGAACAUAUACCCCAAGUUUUUUUUAACUAAACAAAGAUUCUGGAGAUUCUUUUUUUACCGUACCCCUUUGUGAUGCUCCAGAACGAACCGUGUGUAUAUUGUGCGUUGGGAGGUGUCAUGACUGUUUGUGUUCCGUUCUGUUUGACCACACCUCUCACCUCCUGAGCACCAGGCAACAGCGAGGACCACGAGGAGAGACGCCACCGAUGUCCGGCAAAGAGAAAAAAAUGAAAUGAAAAAGUCCAGGAACGUGCCAGUCGGGCCUUUUUUUUAAUUUUUUAUUUUCCCGUGUCGUUAAGUGAAGUGACUCUGCUAUUGGGAAAAGGACCUCCUCCCUCCUCUCUCCUCCCUCCUCCCUCCUCCCUCCUCCCUCCUCCCUGCGCUCUGCCACAGCCAAGGACACGGACUCAUCGGCGCAGUUUCCUUCUCUCAACACAACAAGAACGCUCACUUGUUCCUAAACGUGCGUGUGAGUGGUGGCACGUUGUUACUGUAGUUUUUGCUGGUCUGUUGGCUGGGAAUCAAAUCUAGAAGAUAACACUUCACACGUCUCCAUUCUUCUUCUUGUUGUUGUUUUUUUUGUUUUCUUCUCGUUCCACACUCACCGUUAACACGUUCAUUUGUUCCUUUCACUCUAAAAGCACUUGAAGACGAGUGCUAUCUAAUUGUUACUGUCUCUGUCUAGAGCUGAGUCGACUGUAAAGAUGUAACACUGCCUUACAUCAACGCCCCCCAUCCCAUCCCCCCCAUCACAACUCAACAUGAACUCCGGUGACUGAGCAGGGGAAACUGGUGCCUGGUUCGUGCCCAUGAACACUGCUGUGUGUGGACGGUACAGUGGCCAAAGCUCUGGACCCACACUCCCAGCGUCAACACUUCCUCCCUCCCUCCCUCCCUCUCUCCCUCCUCCAGUGUCGUUCUCUUAUAGAAAACCGUCACACCUGCUAGAGCUGUCACUUUCUCUUAUUCACAAACUCAGCCACAUUAACACGCACACACAGACGACUGUGACAUUAUUUAUUAUUAUUAUCCUUAAUAUUAGUCACGCACGGUCGAUCUCUUGUUGCGUUUCCCAUCUGUGUUGAGUCUACACAGAUUUGUUCAGUAUUUUUCCGUCUCUGGUGUCGAAUGGGAAACAUUUCCACACUCCACUCUUGGUAAAUGACGUCAGGAUGACGGUCAAGCUUUGUGUCCUUCACUUUCACUGCGCGGCCGCGUCUCAGUCUUACUUUUCUGAUCGUCCAAACUCGCAGUGCCCUCUGCUGGGCAACGUGGCAAUUACUUUAAGACAGUCCUCUGCACUUCUAGGCUGUAAGUUUUGAAUUCCAAGUGUUAAAGGUUCGAAUUAGACUUUUUCUCGCCCCCCCCCCCCCCCCCUCCUCGCCUUGUGUUCAAAAGCAUUUUUGAGUUUGUUGUUAAAGUGACAGCCCUAACUCCUGCAGCUCAGCGUUCUCUGGACAGAUUUGAGUUCAAACACCUACCUUCAGGGUGUUUCAUUAAGCAGCGUGUCCUAGUUGGCCGGAUAAAAUCCAAAUCCACGCUUCACAAGUGUUUUAUCUGUUAACGGGUCCUUUUGAUGAAUAACAGUUGAACCAUGGAUGGGAUAGGUAGUCACGUUAGGUUAUCUUGCUAACACGGUGCUCAUUGAAAUACCCACAAUUCUACUGACAUUGUAUUUUCUCUUUUUAAAAGUUGUCUCUAUUUUUAUUCAUGACAUGUUUUCAUUGUUGCUUUUUUUUUUCCCGUCUCCUUGUAAAGUGUCUUUUGAGUAUUUAGAAAAGUGCUAUACAAAUAAAAUGUUUUAUCAUUA